UUAUCACCCAAACUGAAAGAACUUGAGGAGUCAUGGAACCAACCAAUGAAGCUCAUCAAACGGUGGAAACUAACGUUACAGCUACUACCGACGCUCAGCAGUAUCCGUCACCUGAAGUGCUAGCCGUUGAGAACAUUACUGCGACUCCAAGCCAUGCCGAGAGAUACAUAAAAUACAAUAUAUCUGGAAAGAUCUUUGAACUCACUGCAAAGUAUAAGCCGCCAAUCAUGCCUAUUGGCAGCGGUGCUUAUGGCUUCGUAUGUUCAGCUAUGAACUCGGAGACCAAUGAAAAGAUUGUUGCAAUCAAAGACUUAAUACCGCCUCCUCAGAAAAAUGCUUUUGAAGAUGUGUACAUUGCACAGGAGUUGAUGGACGGUGACCUUCAUAACAUCAUAAACUCCAAUCAAGAACUAGAAUCACUUCAUUACGAGUUUUUCUUGUACCAAAUCCUGUGUGGAUUAAAGUAUAUUCACUCAGCCAAUGUGUUACACAGAGAUUUAAAACCGAGCAAUCUCCUCGUGAACGCGAACUGUGAUUUAAAGAUAUGUGAUUUUGGACUUGCUCGUGGUAAUUCAGAGCAUAAUGCAAUGACUGAGUAUGUUGUCACAAGGUGGUACCGUGCACCUGAGCUUCUCUUGAACUCUUCUGCUUACACCUCAGCUAUAGAUAUCUGGUCUGUUGGCUGUAUCUUCUUGGAGUUGCUGACUCGCCAAACGGUCUUCCCUGGUAAAGAUCAUGUUCAUCAGCUUCGUUUGAUCUUAGAGCUCCUAGGCUCUCCAUCAGAGGAAGAACUUGGAUCAUUGAGUGAAAAUGCUAAGCAAUACUUAAGGCAGCUUCCUUAUCAGAGUCGCCAAUCUUUCUUUGUAAAAUUCCCAAACGUGCCUUACCAGGCUCUUGACUUGAUAGUGAGGAUGCUAAAGUUUGACCCUAGACAGAGAAUCUCAGUUGAAGACGCGCUUGAUCAUCCAUAUCUCACAGAGCUGCACGAAUUCACUGAUGAACCAGUGUGUUUGACCCCCUUUAACUUCGAUUUAGAAGAUCAGCCAUUCACAGUGGAGGAGAUUAAGGAGUUAAUCUACCGUGAAGCCUUAGCUUUCAGCCCUCCCUGAACCACCAGUAGUUGAAAGGGAAGAUUGACUUUGCCUUGGAAGCAACUCAUAAAACAGUCAUCAUUGUCUUCUCAAUUCAU